GCAAAUUUGUGUGGCAAGUACAAUUGAACAGAAGUAGAAUAUAUCACCGUUCAAAGCUACAAAAAAAGCAUCCACGGCAAAGCAGUUCACAGGAUCCGAUCAGAUCCGUUAAGACCAUCUCUCAUCUCUCUAUGCUCUUGUCUGUACAUAUUUGUGUGUAUGUAUAUGUGCUUCCAAUUCAUGCUUAUCAACCCCAGUCAAUUUCAAAUUUCAGAAUCUGAAUCGAGGGUCUCACUUCUAGGGUUUCCAUUUCCGUUGAGAUUCUUCUUCCGAUUUCCUUGGCAUUUAGGGUUUUAACUUUUUUUUUUUCGUUUUUCCUGGAGAGAAGGUCUUUUUAAAAUGUAUCGGAUCGAGACCUAGGGUUUGUUAAAGUUCCGAAGCUUUUCUUUUAUAAUCUCUUCUGAGAGAGUGCAUGAAGAUUUGGUGCUGCCUAUGCUUCAACCAAGACGACGAACCAGAAGAAGAAGAGGAAAAUAGAGAGGAGGAGGAGGAGGAAAAGGACAUGAAGGAGGGUGGGUUCGAGAAUGAGGGCUAUUCCGAGGGCAGUAUCGAGAAUGAGGAGGAGCCGGAGGAAAUUCCGAGGCUUGGCUUGGCGGCUAAUGAUGGUCGUGAGCGCGACGACAACAACGACAACAACGUUAGAUUGUUCGAAGGGAUGGUACAAGCGGUGCGCAGUGGUGCUCAUUGGGACGAGGCGGUGAACGUCGGCGCUCUGGCGUCGUUGAGGGCCGCGUUUAGAAGUUCUCGGCGGUCGAUGGGGGAGAGUAGUUCGGCUUCGUCUGCUGCAACCGCCGAGAAUUGUGAUCACGAUUCCCACAACAAGCGAGCCAAAGUUCACUCUGAUUUUCAUGAGUGUCAUUAUGCAACUGCAAUCACUUCAGGUGCUGGAAAUUCUAGUUCAUCUGGAGAUAAAGAUUACAAUAUUAGUCAGGACACUUAUGUUGUAUCUAAGAAUGAAAUAUUUUAUCACACUUUUAUGCUGAAUGCUAGUGGUGAAGAGAAUCACGAUGACUCUAGCAGUGGAAAAGAUGUUGAAGGAGAUGAAAGUGGCACUUCAAAGACGGAAGACUCAGAAGUUCGUAUGGAUCUUACAGAUGACUUAUUGCACAUGGUUUUCUCUUUCUUGGACCACAUAAAUCUUUGCCGAGCUGCUAUAGUUUGUAGACAGUGGCGAGCAGCUAGUGCUCAUGAGGAUUUUUGGAGGUGUUUGAAUUUUGAGAAUCGGAACAUAUCUAUAGAACAAUUUGAGGAUAUUUGUCGACGCUAUCCAAAUGCAACAGCAGUGAAUCUCUCAGGCACUCCUGCUAUGCACUUGCUUGUUAUGAAAGCAGUCUCUUCAUUAAGAAAUCUUGAGGUUUUAUCUCUUGGGAAAGGACCACUAGCCGAUAUAUUUUUCCAUUCCCUAGCUGAUUGUCAUCUGUUGAAGAGAUUGAAUGUCAAUGAUGCUACGCUUGGAAAUGGUAUUCAAGAGAUACCUGUAAACCAUGACCGGCUGCGCCAUCUUCAACUUACAAAAUGUCGUGUGAUGCGUAUAUCCAUAAGGUGUCCACAACUAGAAACUUUGUCUUUAAAGCGCAGUAACAUGGCACAGGCAGUGCUUAAUUGCCCUCUUUUGCAUGACCUUGAUAUAGGCUCGUGCCACAAGCUUUCAGAUGCUGCAAUUCGUUCAGCAGCGACUUCGUGUCCUCAAUUAGAGAAUCUAGAUAUGUCAAAUUGUUCAUGUGUUAGUGAUGAAACACUUCGUGAAAUAGCGCUAACGUGUGCCAAUCUCCAUGUUCUUAAUGCAUCAUAUUGCCCAAAUAUAUCCCUAGAGUCUGUAAGACUGCCAAUGUUGACAGUUCUCAAGCUUCACAGCUGCGAGGGCAUCACUUCUGCUUCAAUGGCUGCAAUAUCUCAUAGUUAUAUGUUGGAGGUUUUGGAACUUGACAAUUGCAGCUUAUUGACUUCUGUAUCAUUGGAUCUUCCACGCUUACAAAAUAUUAGACUAGUACAUUGCCGCAAAUUUGCUGAUCUAAAUUUACGGAGUACUAUGCUGUCUUCUAUAACAGUCUCUAAUUGCCCUCUACUCCACCGUAUCAAUAUCACUUCAAAUUCACUUCAAAAACUGUCUUUGCAAAAGCAAGAGAGCUUAACUACACUAGCAUUGCAAUGCCAAUGCUUGCAAGAAGUGGACCUUAAAGAUUGUGAAUCAUUGACGAACUCCAUAUGUAAUGUUUUUAGUGAUGGUGGUGGAUGUCCAAUGCUCAAAUCUUUGAUUCUUGACAACUGCGAGAGCUUAACAGCGGUGAGAUUCUGCAGCACUUCUCUAGUCAGUCUUUCCCUUGUUGGUUGCCGGGCAAUCACUGCUCUUGAACUCACGUGUCCGUAUCUUGAGCAAGUUUCUUUAGAUGGUUGUGAUCAUCUUGAAAGUGCGGCGUUUUGCCCUGUUGGUCUUCGGUCACUCAAUCUGGGAAUAUGUCCCAAAUUGAAUGCACUCAGUAUCGAAGCAACAAAUAUGGAAUCUCUCGAGUUGAAAGGAUGUGGUGUCCUUUCUGAAGCUUCCAUUAACUGUCCUCUCUUAACCUCUCUGGAUGCUUCAUUUUGCAGCCAACUCAGGGAUGAUUGCUUGUCUGCAACAACUGCCUCAUGCUCGAAGAUUAAAUCAUUAAUAUUGAUGUCAUGCCCAUCCGUUGGUUCUGAUGGACUUUACUCGUUGAGCAGCCUCCCACAUUUGACCGUGCUUGAUUUGUCUUAUACUUUCUUGACGAACUUGCAACCUGUUUUUGAGUCUUGUGUGAAGCUAAUGGUGUUAAAAUUACAAGCAUGUAAGUAUCUUACCGACUCAUCACUGGAGCCCUUAUACAAGGAUGGUGCCCUACCAGCUCUGCAGGAAUUGGAUUUGUCAUAUGGAACCCUUUGUCAAUCUGCCAUAGAGGAGCUUCUUGCUUGCUGUACGCACCUCACUCAUGUGAGUUUGAAUGGCUGUGUCAACAUGCAUGAUCUGAACUGGGGUUGUAGCAAUGGACAGUUUCCUGACUUGUCCAGUAUUUCUGUUCCAUCUGGCAUGGUUUCAUCUGAAAGUAGCCAUGAAAUAAUUCAACGGCCAAACCGUUUACUGCAGAAUCUCAACUGUGUUGGUUGUUCAAAUAUUAGAAAAGUCCUCAUUCCACCAAUGGCACGUUGUUUUCAUUUAUCAUCGUUGAACCUUUCUCUGUCUUCAAAUUUGAAAGAAGUUGAUCUUGCAUGUUUCAAUCUCUGCUUUCUCAAUUUGAGCAACUGUUGCUCUUUGGAGGUUUUGAAGCUCGAGUGUCCAAGAUUGACUAGUCUUUUUCUUCAGUCUUGUAACAUCGAUGAAGAAACAGUUGAAGCUGCCAUAUUGAAAUGUAACAUGCUGGAGACACUUGAUGUCCGCUUUUGUCCAAAGAUAUGCCCAAUAAGCAUUGGGAAGUUGCGUGGAGCCUUCCCAAGUUUGAAGCGCAUCUUCAGCAGCUUGUCACAUUCAUAAUUCUGAUAAAUUUAUUUCGUUCAUCGUGGGGCCUUAUUAAGUUAAUAGGCGGUGAAGAUUUCUGCGGUAUUUUAUCUGCGAUUUGCUCGCUUGUAUUGUAAUUGAAUGUCAUCUAUUUUCUCUGUAUUUGUUUGGUAUAUAGGUAUCUUAUGCCAGCUCUUUUUAUGUAAUGAUACAAUAAAUCGUCCUGUUCGUUGCGAAAAUUCAAUUUUUUAGUGAAAGGAUGAAAUUUGAAACAGCAACUCUGCCUGUUCGGGUUUUAUUGUAUAGGUACUUCAUGUAGCUCAGCCGUUAUGUAAUGAAACAAUAAGUAUUUGUUAUUGUA